UACCCAAAUUACGAUCAGGAAGUCUCAAAGAAAUUUCUUCUAAAAGAUAGUAAAAACUCAGAGGAGAAAAAAAAAAUGUGAGUGAAAGAAAACAAACCAAAUAAAUAAAGUUUAGCCACUUUGCAUUUCGACACCAAUGUAACACCCAAGUAAUUUAAUUUUUAUAUACAAAAUAAAUAAAUGCGACCCCUCCAACAAACUUCAAGUACUCAUAGCAUUUCAAGUGCCUCCUUAUAACUCCUCCGUCUCUCCCUUCUUUCGCAACCGUGGGAUCAGGAGAACAAAAGGUGUGUAAGAAAUGGUUUUUCCUCGUUGCUAAUGGUUUGAUCUGUUCUUAAUUAAUUAAGAUUCCCGCAUUUUUUCUUUGGUGACGAACAGAUUUUUCAAGUGUACGACGAGAAGGCGAAUUACAGUGAUGGGUAAUGGCGACGGGUCGGGAGGACAGCCGGAGUAUUACGAUUACAAAGGCGAGAGGAUCCAAACCCCGCCGGGACAGCCAGAGUAUUACACCUAUAACUAUGGCGACAGCGAGAUGAUCCACUCCCGGCCAAAGCGGUCGCCGGAGAGGCCUAAGGUUCAGGCAGCAGAUAUGAAUAAAACGAAGGAGAAGGCCACCGAUGGUACCAGAGGAAGAAGAUGAUUAAAGAUUUAGAGUUCCCAGCAGCAGCAGCUCGUUAUUAUGGAAGAUCGAAAAACGUUUCAUUCAACUUCAUGUGAAAAGGUCAAAAGAGAUCGUGGAGACUGGAAACUACUGUUAGGUGAAACCAAGUGAACGAAUCAAGCACAGCCAAGUGGCAUUUUAAAUUACCUUUUUUUUUGUGUGUGUAGUUUUUCCAGGUUUUUACUGUUUUGUAUCUUGAAGACUUUGAACACUACUCUCCUACUGAAUAUAUAAACACUGCUAGGUAUUCUACGGGUUACCGCAUACUUUGAGUAUAAAAACGCUAUCUAGAC